AUCGUUUGCAGGUAAAUACGCCCUCUGUGGAAUUGGCGCUAAUCUUCACCGCUUCCAAUCUCUGACGUCUACUAAUUGAUGGAUAUUUCUUUGCUGCGGCUGAUUCAGCGGGUAACAAGAUUCUGGCAAAAACCAAAUGAUUCAGCAAGGCGUUGCUUUGGAAUAAUUCAUGGUUUUUCAACUUUAGCUGUAACAACACACCUGAUUCCGUUUUCAUUGAGUGGAAAUUUGCUGAUAGACAGGGAUGAGAAUAUUAUCGAGGCUCGAACGUCUGCAAAGUCACCCCCAGAAUCGUAAUACACGGGACAACGCUAAAAUGUGUUUGCAAAUUAC